AUGGAAACGGCUGCGCAUCAUCGACCCAUAUACCGUGCACGUUUACCAACAGCCGACCAUCGUAGACCAAAGCCAAAAAAUGUCCGAGCCCAUGUUGAUGUCGGCUUGCCCAUGAGACGAACCUCCGAUCUGACUCUGCGACGAGUUUCUGCCAAUACAAUCAUCAAUAUCUUCAACAAUCGGCUCCAAGAUCCACGACCCUUUUGCGCUCACGCCCACAACAAGAAGUCAAUGGCCGACGAGGUAACAAGCAAGACUCCACCAGACCCAGAGGCAAUCAAGAACAAGAAGGAAUCGGAAGAAGAAUCGAAGCAGAAAUUGCCUCCCCCGCCGGAGAAGCCCUUGCCGGGGGAUUGUUGUGGCAGUGGGUGCGUGCGGUGCGUGUGGGACCUGUACUAUGAGGAGCUCGAGGAUUACAACAACCUUUGCGAAAGUGAUUCCAAGCCCAAAUCCACAACCUCUUGA